UGGGAAUUGUAGUUUUACAACAGCUGGAGAGCCACAGGUUGGCCAUGCCUGAUCUAGAGGAUAGAUCAUCAGUUUAAACAAAGUGCAGAACCCCUUUAAGGUACUGCAGGCGGGGUGGCAGAGAGGAAUGAACACGUUACGGACAUAUAGAUACACAGGCGAGGCCGUACCGCCACUAAGGUUUUCUGUGCAGUUACAGGUCAGUGUGGCCGCUCAGCCUCUUAGCCUUGAAGGUGACGGCUCAGUCCUUAGCCUUCCAGCGAACGCCACGUCACGACAUGGGCAGCGCGGAUAAGAAGAGACCGGCCGAGUUCCAGGCCAACCGCUGCCAGAGCUCCCUGCUGGAUCCUCUCUUUCGGAAACACGUGAAGCCCAAGAAGCAGCACGAAAUCCAGCGGCUGGGGAAGUUGGUGACGAGGCUGAGUGAGGAGACGGGGUGCGAUCAUGUGGUGGAUGUCGGCAGUGGUCAGGGUCACCUGUCGAGGGUCUUAUCCUUUGGUCAAGGGCUCAAUGUGACAGCGGUGGAAGCCGACCCCAGCCUCAACACCACCGCCACCAAAUACGACCACGAUCUCGUCUACAUGCUGAAGAAGGAGCGAAUCAGACCAACUAAGAUCGCUGCGUGUGACAUUACCAGCAUCGCAUCAGCCAGACCCCCCCGUCAUGUCUUGGCCUGUGUGGACCCUCAAGCCUCAUGGGAAGAAUUUAUAAACCAGUUAACUGACCAGACGGAGAGCGGGUCCAGUACUGGUCCACAAGACCUAGUGAACUCACAAGCAGCCUCCUGUCAGAGUGUAAGCUCUUUGGACCAGCACCACUGGAACAAUUUUUUAUUAACCGGACUCCAUGCCUGUGGAGACCUCAGUGUGGCCAUGUUACGCCACUUUGCCAGCUGUCCCAACGUGGUAGGCAUCACCUCAGUUGCUUGCUGCUAUAUGAAAUUGACCACGUGCGAAGUGCCGCAGCCUCCCGGGGUCGUGGCUCCGUCUCACCGGAGUGACUCGCACCUACGGCAGUAUGGCUACCCUGUAAGCUCCUGGGUUUCUGGACUCCAUGGCCACAAACUUUCCUACAAGUCCAGAGAGGUGGCCUGCCAUGCUAUCGAGGACUAUAUAGAGCGCCUCAAGGGCGAGAGCGACAUCUUGCGGGUUCAUUGUUACAGAGCCGCGCUGGAGACUGUCAUCCGAGGGAUAGAUCCCAACAUGAAACGCAUCGGGGUCCAGACAAUCAAGAACGCUCACAAGCUUCCUUUCAGAGAAUACGCCAAGCAGGGUCUGCAACGUGUCGGCCUGGUUCCUGAUACACCCAUCGAUCACACCCUUGUGGAGGACAUGUUGGCUCAGCACCAGAAAGUUGUGGCCUUCUUCAGUCUGGCGCUACUGCUGGCUCCACUGGUGGAAACCCUGAUUCUGCUGGAUCGGAUGAUUUUCCUACAAGAGCAGGGAUUUCACUGUGAAGUCAUCCCUCUAUUUAAACCUGAGUUCUCCCCGAGAAAUCUGGUCCUUGUAGCUGCUAAAGGCGUCCAUCAUCUAGCUGGCAUCCUGGAAGAGAUCACUUCGAGUCACUUGAGGGUAGGAGAGUAAGCGCAGGGCAAUCACACACUUGGAUUUUAUUUAGAGUUUUAUCGGGGACUGAAGAGUAUAGAGCGACUCCGCACACAACCUCCAGGCUCGUCUCCCCCAUUUCAUACACUGGUCCAGGAGGCAAAGCUGAGGCUUUCACACUGCAGAGCCUGACGGUGACAGGGCGUCCUGGCCCUGCGUGAGAUACGAUUCCCAUCUUGUGAAGUGAUGCCAUGUCCUUAGGAUAUGCCCUUGGUAUAAGAGGGGUGGGGUCUGAUCUCUGGGCUCCCACCCCUCCUAAGAACGAGGCAGCCACUGCGUUACUUUAGUGUUUCCUUCUCUGUAUUUCCCUGCAGAGCGAUGCCCCGGGAAGAUGAUUGUGCGGGGAAAGAGGUGCAGAUCUAUCAUUCUCAAGAUCAGUGGAGGGGUCCAUAUCCUAGCCACAUAACAUCACUGUACAAGAUGACAUUAACCGUUUAAAGGGAUAUGUUUUCGAUAGAC